AUGACCACCAGCCGCGCUAACCUCCGACCAACAGCCACCGAGGUGCCGAGUGACAGCAAAGGAGGCAGCAUGAGUGAGGAGGGCAAGGCCACCGCCAUCCUCCCUCAGGCAGCCCCUGUGUCCCGUGGCCCCUGCCUCUUCAGCCCCAGGAAAAAAGUUCUUGCCACCAAAGUCCUUGGAACUGUCAACUGGUUCAACAUCGGAAAUGGAUAUGGAUUUAUCGAUAAUCGGAAUGACACCAGAGAAGAUGUAUUUGUACAUCAGACUGCCACCAUCAAGGAAAACAACCCACGGAAAUACCUGCCAAGUGUGGCACAGGGAGAAACAGUCAAGUUCGAGGCCGUUGAAGGAGAGGGGGGUGCCGAGGCUGGCAGGGACGGGGCUCCCACAGAAGGGAGCCGCUACUCCGCUCACCGGCGCCGUUACAGAAGCUGCUACGGCGGUAGAGGCCACGGACCCGCCCGCAAAGCGGCGGGUGAGAUUGGCGAGAAGGAGGACGUGGUCCCAGAGGGAGCGUCCAGGUCACCGAAACCUCAGGGGCCAGGUCACCGAAAUCCAACUUGUCUCACGAGGCACCACCAGAGGCCUCCUGGCCCACGACCUGCCCCAGCUGUGGGAGAGCCUUGCUCCAGACACCCAGCAGAGCCGCGCUGGGGGCCUCCCGGCUCCCCAAGCACCUUCGCCCUCUGCAGGUGA